CGUCAAUUGCAUAUGUCGAUCAUUGAACAACAUUCAGCGUGUGGUGCUCAAUGGUGCAUCUCGAUCACUCCUCGAACGAUGACGGAAGUCAGUAACGGCACAACCAGCUAGCCUAGACGGCCACCACUUCGGGACAACGCCCGCCAGCGGGAAACAGCAAAAAGUGGCAUGCGAUCUCGAAUUGGAACGCGAUGCUGAGCUCACGUCCAAUCACGCCUCCUGCCUAAUGUACAAAAUCACUUCCAACCUGGUGCACGUCCAAGAAAUUGCCAACGCAGGGCGAGGAGUACUGGCCAAACAGCCCAUCCCGACCGGAACUCUACUUCUCGAGAGCGACGGUCCAGCCGCGCACGUGGUUCACUGGCAAUACCGAAAAGAAGUCUGCGCGCAAUGCUUCCGUUACAAUCUCGGCCGCACGCUGCCCGUAAAGCAUGCAUCGACCGGCAAGGUGUUUUGCAGCCCAGAAUGUCAGAGCGCAUGGAUGAGCGAGCAGGGAGAGCUUGCUAUUGAGGCGUGGGAGAAAUUGUAUGGCUUUGUCGCUUUGAAAGCGAAUACGAUUGUCCAGGACCAUGUAUUUGCGACGGUCUGCGCGCGACCAGAUGCGAUUGAAAUCGAAGCCGCCUGGUCAAAAGGCGACAAGACUGUUGGCCAAAUGCGGCAACAGCAAACCGCAUCAUCGAAGAAGAAAAGUCACCCGUUGGUCUCGUCGCAGAACAUCGAUCCCGACAUCCUCGGCUUCCUCCUCUCAGGCCUCCUUCUGCAGCAUCACAACCCCAACGCAUGGGAAGCAGAAAUGCUUCCCCUCGCCGCCGACCCCACGCCCUACACCAGCAACCGCGACCUCGAAGCACACGUCAACAGCUACAUCCAGCUCGCCGCAAUCCUGCCGCAUCUCACGACAGACCACCACCUUACGAGCAACAUCUGCCGCACACUCAUCAGCACCGCCAACCACAACGCCUUCGGCCUCCGUUCCGCCGACGGCGACGAAUAUCUCGGCUACGGCGUCUAUCCCUCCGCCAGCUACUUCAACCACUCCUGCUCGCCGAACAUCUCCAAGCAGCGUGUGGGCGCUAUGUGGGAGUUUCGUGCCGCGCGGGACAUUGCUGUUGGCGAGCAGUGCUGCAUCACGUACCUGGGCGGCGAUGAGAAGCACCUGACCGUGCUCGCGAGAAGGGCUAGAUUGGAAUCCAUCUGGGGCUUUGAAUGCGCGUGUCCCCGGUGCUUGGAAGAGGAUCGGGUGGGAGGGCAAUAGACA